AUGUCGUGCCCGUGCGCCGCGAAAUUCUUUUUAACACCAGCUGAAGAGCCCGGCAAGGGAGACGAACAACCUCCUCGUCACCACGGCUGCUCUCUCCUCACCAAGAAGAUGACGGCUGGCGCCGCCUCGUCGUCGACGCUCCCUCUGGCCAACGACUUCGCGUCGCCGCAAUUUAUGCCAGGCUCGCACCGCACGAUCGAGCUUCCACUCGCUGACGAGCCGGACAAGUCGGUCGAGUCGGCCGACGAGCCGACGCCCUCGGCCAGCUGCUGCGGCUGGGAGCUCACUCGGCGCCGGCGCCGGAUUCUCGCUGUCCUCUGCUCUCUGUGUGUGCUGUGGUGGAUCGCGGUCGGCAUCUUUGCCGCGGUGACGGUGACAACGCUCACAAACGAUCUGCGCUUCGUGAUUUGCGAGAUCAGCGCCUGUGUGCCCAAAGAGCCGGCCUUGUCGGGUGCUGAUAUUGCCUCCUACACGGGAGCGGCCAAGGUCGCGGCGACAGAGGAGGAGGGCUCGUGCAAGCCGUGCCUCAGCCCGAACGACGAGUGUGCGCAGAAGCUGGAUGAGCUGACAUCGCGAACGCUGGACCUCCCACUAAACGUCUCAUUCGCUGUCUUCAACCCGCUCAUAUUCGGCUACGCCGUUGACCGGGUGGUGCUUCUCACGAGCCUCAGCCCGCUGCCGCCGCUCUCUGCGCAAGCGGCCCUCGCGCUGGACCCGCUCGAGGCGCACGACCUUGGUAUCGCCAUCUUUUGCGACGCGGGCCGCUCCUCCUUUCCGCCCGGCUGGGGCGACGAGCUCUCAAUGCGAUGCCACUCAAAGCAGGACGGAGAGACCAUCCAUCGCCUCUCCCAUGCGCAGCGUGGCAUCGGCGGCGAGCGCUUCUAUGCGACCGUCGCGUUUGUGUAUCGCGUCCCCGUUCUUGGCUGGACCAUCGCGAUCGCGCAGGACGCGUCCCACUAUGCCGCCAACUUCGAUUUUGGCGGACCACAGCCGCUCGACGGCCUCGAAAUGUGCUCGGGCGUUUCGGCGGUCCAGUAUGGCGCGCCGGCGAACGUGCUCAAGCUGUACGACUUUGAGGAGUACAAGGUGGGCGUCUGCGCGACCGACCUCGGCAGCCUCGUGGGGCUGAGCACGCGCGUCACUUCAGAGAUAUCGUGCAUGCUCGCCCCGGCCCUUCCCUAUUGCGGAGGCGAGGCCAACGACACUGCGAGCGAGGCGCGCAUGACGAUCCCGAUCGAGAUGUAUAACGCGGCAGGCUUCAACCUGACGCUAUGGGAGGACGGGUCGGAGACGCUCGUGUACGACGCCGAGACGGGCGAGCGGAUCGCCACGGGCCACCUCGAGCGGACGGAAGUCAUUCCCGCGCGGUCGGCGCGCAGAGUCAACUUUUACAGCGACCUGCGCGAGUUCCUUCAGCGCUACUCGGGCGGCGGGCUGGUUGGCCUUGCCUUCGAGGCGAUCCAAAAGACGCUCGCCUCGCCUGUGCGGCUCGACAUCAACGUUGCUGCGACGCUCCUCGGCACAAAAGCCGAGAUGCACUUUGAGGUUGGCCACACAUCACUCAUCGGCCUCGCGCAGCUCGUCGGCUGCCGCUGCGAAGUUGGGCCCGGCCCAGAGUGCCGCAGCGACACGUCCGUCUUUGUGCACCGUCAGGCCGAGAGCUUUGGCCGGAGAUAGCGCCGAGGCCAGGCUCUGGGUGCCCAAUCGGCGGAGCGAGGAGUGCCCUGGAUGUUAGAUGUUACUGUGCUAUAGUGUUGUUCGAGAGGACCGCAGGUUGUCUCUCUGAUUCUAGAUGUAGAUGUGUAGUCAGGAGUACAAUU